AUGGACGAAUGCGAUUCAGAAAUAGGAUCUUCCAAUGGCGCAUCAGGCCAUUCACCGGCUACUAUGACGGAAACCUCACCACGAAAAGAUGUUGCAAUAGAUGAUGACUGCAUAUCAUUGAAAUCACUUUAUGAGAAAUAUAGCGCUCAGCAGAAAGAAAUAGAACGGUUAGAAGAGCAGAAUGCGGAAUACCGUGAAAAAUUGUUGAGAACGAUCCGUGAACGUGACUUAAAUGAAGAGCUUCUGCGCAACGUGCGUGAUGGCCAGAAGAAAGAGAUGUCAGAGUUCGAAAAACGUAUACGUGACUAUGAAAUACAGUUGAAAACUGUGCAGGAUCGAGCUGCAUCUCAAGAAGCCCAUUAUAGCGCGGCUAUGAAGGAUCUUUCACAAAAGUACAACACUUCAGUUAGCCAGUUAACUAAAAAGGCAGACAUAGCUGAAAAGGAGAAAAAUGAUGCAGUUAUAAAGUAUGCUACGAGAGAAGCUGAGAUAAUGCGUAUGCGAAACGAAAUCCAAAAGAAGGAGCAGGAACUCGUCGAAUGCCAAAAGACAAAGGAUGAGCUGCAGCAUAAUCAAAGCCAGGAGAACAUUGAGCAAUUGGAAAAAGCAAACCAAAGUCUACGGGUAGAACUGGAACAGGUCAAACAUGAAAAAUUCGAUUUGGAGAACAAGUUGAAAAUGGCAGAGAAGCGAGCAGAGGCGUGCAGUACCACAUCACUUGAUCUCAAACAACAGUGCGAUGUUCUUCGAAAGCAGCUCAUCCAGAUGAAAGAGGAGAAGUCUCAACUUCAGGAAGAGAACCGUCAACUGUCCUUGAAAACACAGAUCCAAGAAUCCCGACGCAUGCACGAAUCGGAAGAGUUGAGCCGUUCACAACAAGACAUGGAACGACGGCUAACCGAGGUCAACACUCAGUGUGCUCGUCUCAGUGAAGCAAAUCGUGAGGCAAAUGCAAGGCUUGAAGAGGUGUCACGUGAAAAUAUCGACCUCAUGAACAAACUGCAAGAUCUCGAGGAUAAACUGUCACUCGAAGAGGAAGCUCAUGCAGCUGCAUCAAUUGAGAUCUCAAGACUACAGGGCAUCGAAAAUCAGAUUUUGAGCAGCCAGAAACAAGCGCAGCGAGCGAAAGACGCCCAAGAGCAGGCAGAGAAGGAACGAGAGGUUGCUGAGAAUGAAGCCGAAGAAUGCCGCCAACAAGCCGAAAGAAUGUUAGCCAUUACUGAACAACUCACGGAGCGAAACAGUCAGCUAGCUGGGGAUGUGGCCGCUGAGAGGGAGAAGGUUAGAUAG